AGAGAGAGAGAGAGAGAGAGAGAGAGAGAGAGAGGAGCGCUCUCAGAAACAGAAAGGUACACAGAAAAGAGAGUGGACGACAUAAAGUGAGAGAAGCAGAAGGAGGACGGUGUCUGCUGAGAGCAUCUCUUCACUCCUACACGGAUCUUAAAAGUCUACACUUUACUUUAUCCUCCAGAGAGAGAGAGAGAGAGAGACAGAGAGAGAGAGAGAGAUUACAACUUUGGUAAAGAGGCUUUUUUUUUCAUUAUCAUUCAUUUUUGGGGGGAGCUGAGAGAGACGCGGUUCCUGGAAGAGUUUUUGUUCACUUUACCCCCCCCACAAAAAAAACCAAAGUCUUUCCAUCCCUCGAGAAGUUUUUAAAAAAAGUGAAGCCCUUGUUUUAGUUCCUGGGCUCGGCUUCACUUUUUUCCACGUGUCCCACGGUGUCCACAGCUUCUGACAUAAACGUGACACCUUGAGAUUUUUUUUUUUUUUUUUUGUUGCUUGCUUGCCUACAAAGUUUCAGACUUUUUUUAACUUCAUUUUAAGUCAUUGACCCACAAACGAGACCAAAAAAUGAGAUUCCAAACAUCAGGACAGUCCCCAGCCUUGUGUGACUGUUGUCCUCAAUGCUUACAUUAAAGCAGAGCCGGUUCUGAUGGUUUCAUCUGCUGAGGUGUGAGAGUGAAGAGCACCGCUCACCUGGAGCAUCUCUCUCUUUUUUUGGUGUGUUUUUUACGCACAGAAACGCCACUUUGUGACUAUUUUUAAAGAUAGAGAUCCAAACAGAAUCGCACUCCACACAGUUCAUUCAUUCUGGAAACACAACAACCUCGGAGCAUUGCGCUUUUACGCACAAAAAAAACCCCCCAAAAAAGAACUUUUCACAUCCACAUCUACCCAUUUUAGUCGCGACUGAACUUUCUCCAGCUUUUCUGAAAAAGUCCCUCCAGAGCUCCAGAGACCCCGCCGGGCUCUCCAUCACCAUGCUGUUCGACACCUUCGACCUGGUCUCGGCUCUGGCCACCCUGGCCGCCUGCCUGGUGUCCAUGGCUCUGCUCCUCGCCGUCUCCCAGCAGCUGUGGCAGCUCAGAUGGACGGCCACCCGGGAUAAAAACUGCAAGCUGCCCAUGCCCAAAGGAUCCAUGGGAUUCCCCUUCAUCGGAGAGACCUGCCACUGGCUCCUGCAGGGUUCGGGCUUCCACGCGUCGCGGAGGCAGAAGUACGGCAACGUGUUCAAGACCCACCUGCUGGGCCGCCCUCUGAUCCGGGUGACGGGCGCCGAGAACGUGCGCAAAGUGCUGAUGGGCGAGCACACGCUGGUGACGACGGACUGGCCCCAGAGCACCGCCACGCUGCUGGGGCCCAACUCGCUGGCCAACAGCAUCGGAGACAUCCACCGCAAGAGGAGGAAGGUGUUUGCCAAAGUGUUCAGCCACGAGGCUUUGGAGUCGUACCUCCCGAAAAUCCAGCAGGUCAUCCAGGAGAGCCUCCGAGUGUGGAGCUCCAACCCUGAGCCCAUCAACGUCUACAGGGAGAGCCAGAGGUUGUCCUUCACCAUGGCGGUGAGGGUGCUGCUGGGAUUCAGGGUGUCAGAGGAGGAGAUGAGGCAUCUGUUCGCAACCUUCCAGGACUUUGUUGACAACCUGUUCAGCCUGCCUAUAGACCUGCCGUUUAGCGGCUACAGGAAGGGUAUCCGUGCACGAGACACCCUCCAGAAAAGCAUAGAGAAGGCCAUCAGGGAGAAGCCGUUGUGUUCCCAGGGGAAGGAUUACAGCGACGCGCUGGACGUCCUGAUGGAGAGCGCCAAAGAGAACGGCACCGAGCUCACCAUGCAGGAACUAAAGGAGUCGACUAUCGAGCUGAUCUUUGCUGCCUUCGCCACCACGGCCAGUGCCAGCACCUCACUCAUCAUGCAGCUCCUCCGCCACCCUCCCGUCCUGGAGCGCCUGAGGGAGGAGCUGAGAGCCAGGGGUCUCCUCCACAAUGGCUGCCUUAUGCCAGGAGAGCUGAGGCUGGACACCAUCGUGAGCCUCAAGUACCUGGACUGUGUCAUCAAGGAGGUGCUGAGACUCUUUACGCCGGUCUCAGGGGCCUACCGAACCGCCAUGCAGACCUUUGAACUUGACGGAGUGCAGAUUCCAAAGGGCUGGAGUGUGAUGUACAGCAUCCGUGACACCCACGACACCUCAGCUGUCUUCAAGGAUGUGGACGCCUUCGACCCAGACCGCUUCAGCCAGGAGCGGGGAGAAGACAAAGAGGGACGCUUCCACUAUCUGCCCUUCGGCGGUGGUGUCCGGUCCUGCCUGGGCAAGCAACUCGCCACCCUCUUCCUUCGCAUCCUGGCUAUUGAGCUGGCCAGCACCAGUCGUUUCGAGCUGGCCACCCGGCAGUUCCCCCGGGUGGUCACAGUACCAGUGGUCCACCCUGUCGACGGGCUGAAGGUCAAGUUCUACGGCUUGGACUCCAACCAGAACGAGAUCAUGGCCAAGUCGGAAGAGCUGCUGGGAGCGACUGUUUGAAGGGCAGAUAGUUGACGAGUAGGGGGGGGUGAGUGAUCGAAGAAGUCUUUAGGGAGAAGAUUGAAGGAAGGAAAGAAAGAAUUUCAGAGUUAUUUUUUCUUCUCCACCUUUGCUCUGCCAAGUUGGAGGUUUCUUUUCAGACUAAAAGAAAAAAGCAGAAGUCUUCGUUUCUUGUUACACCUGUUGAUGAUCGGGACUUUCCUCUGAGAAAGGAAGAAGCUGCCAAAAAAGUUCUUAAUUAUGCUCUAUUCUGUGUAUUUUUUUUUUUUAAAGAAAUAUACAAACAAAGUGUAUGUACAAAAAAAGCUAUGUAAUAUAAUUUGAAAGAGAAUGGUGGGUAGUGCACAAUGGGAGAAAGAGAAGUAUGGUGGUACUUUUGGUGAAAUGAAGUGAAAAGUAAAAGUAAAGACGGAUGCGGAAGGAAGGCGAGAUGGAUGAAACAGGGUAUAGGAUGAAAGAAUAUGAUAUUUUAGCAUUUUGCUUGUGCUUAAUCAAAUGCAGUGAACCAUUUCAGUUGUCUAGCAGGGUAAAAGAGAUCGAUAUAUAGACUGAUAGUUCUAGAUUUUCCAGUCACAUUUGAUGAUUUUUGAGCCAGAAUUUCCCCCGCCCCUCCGAGAUUAAACUCAUGUCUUCUGCAUAUUUGAGCGAAAUUUGAAAGAAUGACAUUCAACAGUGGUGGCAUUGUGUUUUCCAUCAAAGGUCCAUCAUGAUUCACUUCCAUUCAUUUCAAUUGUUUACGUACAAGUUUACAAAUGCAGUCAAAUGAUCGUAGCGCAUUGGGAAGCUCUUCUUCUCUGCUACCCACUGAUUUCCCAUAUGCAUUGACUCAAAUGUUGCCCAUAUUUAUAAGAUACACAGUAAUCGUGUUGAUGUUUGAACUCAGAUGGAGAGUAGAAAUUGCGGUGAAUAAGCCUUGGCUUUUUUUGAUAUAUAGCUCUGACUGACUGCACGUAAAUAAUGUCACUGACUCACUGUUGUAGUUUCAGAGUUGGACCAAUUACGUUUUUUGAAAAUCAGUCAAUUACUUUGCCUUCAGUCCACAUAAACAAGACGAUAUCAGGGGUUUCCAAUAACACAUACGCCCACUUGAAUUAUUAAAAUGACCUUCUGCAACCAAUUUUGUUCCCCCUCCACCAAGGAAGCAAUUUCAAGGGUGCAAGUAGAAUCAUUGGCACCACAAAAGAUAAAAGUCACUAAAUCAAAGUCAAUAUGUUAUGAUGGCCAGAUCUGCUUUGUAAGCUCUAUGAACCUGUGCUUUGAUACAUAAACUACACUUUUAAGUUGCAUUGAGAUUGUACUCUCUGGGACGGUGACUUCAUACCGCAAAGAGGAUACAAUAAAGGACUCGCUCUGACAAAGCGGCGAGGCUCCCUGAGCUGCAGGAGGAGAAAAGACAGAGGGGUUGAGGUGGAGGUGGAGAGGAGAAGACCUACAUACAUGCUGCUUGAGUGUUGCUUUGUCGUUCUGUGUUCGUCUAUUUGUGUGCUGUUUUUUUUUUCCCCGUCUCCAUGGGGCAGACAUUUUGAGUUGCGUGGAGAAGGUGACAUUUUGUCUUGCUGCUCCUCCAAUCAACGCUAAGAAUGCAAAACAAAAUUAAAUUCCAUGGUUUUUAGCUGUAAGAGAUUUAUUGUUUGAGGUGAUUGCACAAUCAGAACUCUCAGAGCUUUGUGUGUUCCAUAAUUGGAAUCAGACUUUGUUCUUGUAUCACAUAUAUUGUCAGCUUCUGCAAAGGAACUCUGGGACCUGUUAGCGGAACUCUUGGACAUUCUAGAAUCCCUCGAUGGAAUUCUAAGUUCCGCAUCGAAGCUUGAGAGAGAAGGACCAAUGAGUUUUCAGGGGAGGGCAGGGCUUUUCUUAUUGGACGAUUCCAAUAGCAUUCCAGAUGGAUUCUGCCUGUGCUAGACAUUGCUCACUCUUUCUACCAACCACACCACUGAUUUCUUCAUGAUAAAAAAUAUAAAAAUUGAAUUAUUUUGCUGCUUUUCUUGUGUACAUUUUCUAAUUCAGAGUUCUAGAUUGCUAUAGUUUGUAUUGAGUGAGAUUUGCUAUUUCUUUCCCUUUAUAUAUAUCUCUAUAUAUCUAUAUAUAGAGAUAUAUAUAUAUAUAUAUAAUUCAGCUGAUUAAAAUAUUUGCCUGCAAAAAGAGCAUUAAUAGAUUAUAGUAUAUAUUAAUUUGUACAAUAUUCCUUUCUUUAGCAAGCCAUGGGAAAAAUCAGCUAUCUACGUCUACUAAUAACCUAAUAUUAAUGUUAUUGUACGAUUAAUAUUGUUGUUAUAAGAUAUUUGAAAUGCUAUUUUUUAUUCUAUUACAGAUUUAGAGUUUUUAGCCUAAAUGAGAAGGUCUUUGAUAAAUAUUGGAUGUAUUUAGAAUGUUAUGUAUUUCAGUUAUAUUGUAAACAGUGUUUAAAAUGUUAAUAUUGUUGAUUUGAUUACUGUAAUAAUUAUUAUUUGUUUUGUUAUUCAGACUUAUUAUCACUGCAUUUUAUUUGAUAUUAAUUAUGGAAAACAGAAAGCACUUGCGAGGUAUGUCUAUUCUAAGUGCCAUGCGACUACACUUCCUCUUCCUCUCACCUGUUGGUCUCUCUGAACUUGUCUUAUGUCAUUCUGUACAUAAUAUUUGUAUUUCAUUUUACAGGGAAAAAUGCUCCUUUAGUUUGAAUAUGAAUGUCUUGGUCUACUUUCCUUCUUUUCUUUUUUGUUACCGUGAUUGUUAAAUGUACUCCUGUAAUAAACUAUAAAG